AUGCCUUAUAGCCACAUUCUACCAUAUUUAUUGAGGGGAUCACUUGUGCAACUAAGGGAGUUAGGACCCCCACCAGCGGUUCUUCCUCCCGGUUAUGAUGCAAAUGCCCGAUGUGAAUUUCAUUCUGGCGCUCCUGGGCAUUCGAUCGAGAAAUGUAAAGCAUUAAAGUACAAGGUUCAAGAUCUUAUUGACUCUAAGGCAAUCACGUUCGCCCCCAAGAGGCCGAAUAUGAAUAAUAACCUGAUGCCCCCUCACAACAAUGCAUCGGUGAAUAUGAUGGAAGCUGACAAUGGAAGGAAAUUGACGUCCUGUGUGGACGAGUUAAAAACACCACUCAUCGAGAUCAAGAAUGCUUUAAUGAAGAAUAAUGUCUUUCCCAUCUGUGGUAAUUACUGUGAACACUGUCUGAUUAACCCGCAACAAUGUGGAACAUUGAAGUCUGUCAUACAACAAUUAAUGAAUCAAGGGAUCUUGGUGGUAGACUGUCCGUCCACAAAGGAAGAUGUGUCUACCCUCGAGAUACCAUACGAUGAAGUCCCUCCUCUGCAUAUUCCAUAUGACUUCUCUCAGUUAACUCUAUCGACAAAUCCUGUCACUCCAAUCGUAAUAACAGUUCCCACACCAUUCCUAUAUGUUGACACCAAGGCAGUCCCAUGGAUGUAUGACACCUCAGUCUACAUUCAUGGUCAGAAGGUGCAAGAAGAAUCGUUGAAGUCUAGUGACCCAAUGAUCAAUAUCACCGGCACUAACGGAGUCACGAGAAGUGGAAGGAUAUUUGCGCCGACACCCACUCCAAUUGGAACUAUCAAUCCUUCAACUUCAGACAAAGGCAAACAAAUUGAUGGCGCUCAGCAAAGACAAGACCCCGCACCUUCAAGUGAAGUAGACGAGUUCUUACGCAUCAUCAAGAAGAGUGAUUAUCGAGUAGUUGAUCAUCUUAACCAGACACCCUCGAAGAUCUCAAUGUUGUCUCUAUUGUUGUGCUCAGAGGCCCAUAGGGAGGCUUUGGUAAAGUUUCUGAGGACAGCUCACGUACCACAAGAGAUAUCUGUUUAUCAGUUUGAAGGAGUAGUUAAUAAUAUCGCUACUAGCUUAAGCUUAGGUUUCAGUGAUGAAGAGCUUUCCGCCGAGGGGAGGAAUCAUAACAAGGCUCUCCAUAUUUCCAUUGAGUGUAUGGACACAGUCCUAUCAAGAGUUUUGGUAGACACUGGGUCUUCCCUCAAUGUAAUGCCUAAGAGCUCCUUUGCUAAACUAACUAUUGAAGGACUCGUAAUGAAGCCGAGUGAGCUUAUAGUAAGAGCAUUUGAUGGGACUAGAAGGACUGUAAUCGGCGAGGUGAAUUUGCCUAUGAAGAUUGGUCCCCAUAUUUUCCUUAUCACUUUCUUCAUAAUGGAUAUCUAUCCAGCCUACAGUUGUCUGCUUGAAAGGCCUUGGAUCCAUUCAGCUGGUGCAGUCACUUCAACGCUCCAUCAAAAAUUGAAAUUCUUAGCUGAUGAUAAGCUAGUUGUUGUCGAGGGUGAGGAGGACAUUGUGGUAAGUCACCUCGCAUCUUUCAGAUACGUUGAGGGAGAAGGGGAGAUAAGGGAAGUCCCAUUCCAAUCAUUUAAAGUUAUCAAUGUUGAAAUGGUUUGCCCAGCAAGGGGUGAAUAA